AUGGCGCAGAAGCUGGAUGCUGGCGAUAUGGACUCGGAUAAAGAAGACGAUGUGGACGGUGACUUUACACUGGAAGAAGUCAUGCGGUUAGGAGGUACCAAGUGCUUGCGGGCUUGCAGAUGUAGAAGAAAUUGUAGAGUGUGGCAGAAGGGCGGAAUUGAUGAUUUAGAAGAAGGUGAAUUAAAGGCAUUCAUAGAAAAAUUGGGCGUUCAGAAAAUUGUUAAAGAAAUUACGAAGCAAGAAGCGGCUGCUGAAGAACAGAUGGAAAAAGAAACAAACCACAGUUUGGAAGAGAAGAAGGUAAAGACAAAGCAAGAAAAAAGACACAAUUCAAUUGGCAAAGAGAAAGUAAAGACAAAAACAGUUGAGAAAAUAGAAAGUCAAAUUUUCCAUUGAAAAACAAAGGGAAAGCAUGUCUUUGAAUUUUCAGAACGUUCCAUGCUGCUUCAACCUGGCGGAAAGUGGUAUGAUCAUGAAUAUACUAAGGAAUUUGCUGCUAAACCUCAGAAUGAAGAGGAGUGGAAAUAUAAAACCUUAGCUGAGAAGCUAUAUGAACAUGAAGUGAAUCUGUAUAAAAAUAAAAAGGAACUACAGAAAGGUGCUAACAAAUGGAUGAAAACUGUUGUGUCAGCAGGCACAUUAGCAGACAGAAUGGCUGCCAUGACAGUUCUUAUACAGGAUGCUCCUGUUCACACACUACAUUUUCUUGAGAAUUUAAAUAAAUUUACUCAAAAAAAGGGCAGCAAGCGGCAGACCAUGGCACUGGAUACGUUUAAGGAUUUAGUUAUUUCUGAUCUUUUGCCUGACAGUCGGAAGCUUCAUACAUUUGCUCAGCAUGAAUUCGAAACUUGCAAUGAUAUCAUCCAGUGCAAUAAGGAUGCAAGGGAAUAGACGGCUGAAACUGUGGUUUUUGAAGAGCGACUGAAGCAACAUGUGUCAGAGUUGUCAAGUGUGCUAGAUAAGUUGACUCAUGACAACUUGAUUGCAACUAAAGCAAAGGCCCUCAAUGUUGUCAGUGAGUUGCUAUGUAAUAAACAAGAAGAAAAAACUCUUCUCUCGCUCCUGGUUAAUAAGUUAGGAGACCCUCAAUAGGUAGCCACAAAGGCCUCCUAUUUACUUGAGGUGCUGCUGAAUAAGCAUCAUAUGAAAGUGGUUGUAUGUCUUGAAGUAGAAAGACUGUUAUAUCGACCUAAUAUAAGUGAGAAAGCCCAGUAUUAUGGCAUUGUUUUUUGAAUCAAAUUGUUCUCCCAUGAAGAAUCCGACUUGGCAAACCAACUCAUCACAGUAUAUUUUCUUUUUGUCCGAGCAUGUAUAAAGAAAAAAGAGAUUGAUUCCAAAAUCUUGAGGGCUUUGUUGACUGGGGUGAAUAGAGCCUAUCCUUUUUGCCGACCUUGUUUAAUGAAGAAGUAAAAAAGCAGCUUGACAACCCUAUUCAAAAUACUCCACGCUGUGAACUUUAAUACAAGUGUGCAAAUUCUAAUGCUUCUAUUUCAAGUCAUGGAUUCUCAGCAAACUGUGUCACAUAGGUAUUAUGCAGCUUUGUAUAGGAAACUUCUGGAUCCGGGAUUGGCACAGGGUUCUAAACAAACAAUGUUUCUGAAUCUUCUCUACAAAUCUUUGAAAGCUGAUGUGGCACUGAAGAGGGUAAAGGCAUUUGUGAAGAGGUUACUGCAAGUCACCUGCUGCCAAAAGCCUACUUUUAUCUGCGGAGCAUUGUACCUAAUCUCUGAGAUUAUUAAACUUAAACCUGGAUUGAGAGUCUUGUUGGAGGAAAAUGGGGAAAUGGAUGAAGAGGAACAUUUUCAUGACAUUCAAGAAGAUGAGGAGGAUAAUGAACAGAGCAAAACAGAAGAAUCCGAAAAUGUUGCAUCUGCUUCUUGGAUACAUCAGAAUGGUAUUAGUAAUGUGAAUCAUUAUGAUGCUUUGAACAGGAAUCCUAUAUUUUGUGGUGCUGAUAACACAAGCCUUUGGGAGCUAAAAAAGCUUUCUGAUCACUUUCAUCCAUCUGUUGCACUCUUUGCAAAGACUAUCCUGGAGGGUAAUGCAAUUCAAUAUACAGGUGACCCUCUACAAGAUUUCACUUUAAUGAGAUUCCUGGACCGCUUUGUGUAUCGCAACCCAAAACAACAGAAGCUUCAGGAAAGCAACAGAAGUUAUUUAAAACAUCAGAAGAAGAAGUUGUAUAUGAACGAAGAGAGAGAACCGGUGAACAGUGCUACAUUCCUUGAAAAAAAGGAGGAUGAAAUACCAGCUGAUGAAGUUUUCUUUCACAGAUACUUUAAAAAGUUGUCCACAGACAAACAGAGGCAUAAACGGAAUGAAGAUGAGGAGAGUUUAGAAGAUGUAGAUGAUGAUGAGUUUGAGAAAAUUCUUGAUUCCCUUGAAGGGGAUAAUUUUUACACUGGAGUGAAUCGUGAUAUUGAUUUUGCGGGGAGCCUUCAACCAGGAGAAAAUGUGGCUAAGAAAAAAAUGGAGGAAGAUGACUCUGGUUCUGACUGGGAUAUAAAUGAUGAUGCUGAUGAUGAUGACAUUUCUCUUGAUAGUAUGUGUGAAGAAGACUUUGAAAAUGAUGGAACUGGAGGAGUUUUUAUGAACACCUCUGAGACAGCUGAGGAAGAGCAAGAUCUAAAAAAGGGAAAGAAAAGGCAUUUAAAAGAAGAAGACAUGUUUGCUGCUGCAGAAGAGUUUGGUGAUAUCUUGGAUGACAACACUGGUUCAAAGUUUGACAACAUUGGCAUAAAUGCCAUGUCUAAUAAGGAAAAUGCAAGUGUCAAACAACUGAAAUGGGAAGCAGAAAGAGACAAAUGGGUUCAUGGUAGAGAUGCCAGAAGUAUCAUCCAGAAGAAAAGAAAAUUUAACCAAAAGAAGCCACAAAAGAAAAAGAUAAAAUAAAACUUAUUUUGUAAUUUUACAUUUUUUUGUAACUCCUUUAUUUAUGUAAGCAUUUAUAAUGCAGAAAAUUGACAUAUACAUUGCCAAUAAACAUAGAAAAUCGGAAAUUGGUACAACAGAGUGCAAUGUCAAACAUGCCCAAAAAUAUGUUGUAGCAUCGUAAGUGUAAUUUUAUAUUUCUGCAUUUUCCAAUCCCUUAUAUUUUAUACAUUUUGUGUUGGUGUUGAUUAUUAAAAUAUGUAAAAUCUUAA